AUGCCUUACGGACCGACUGAAACUGCUGUCAUUGCCAGCACUAUCCAUAAAACGGCCGAUAUAGAUGGAAGGAACAUUGGACUUGCCUCUGCGUGCCGUUUGUGGGUUGUUCAUCCCCGCAACCAUGACAAGCUCAUGCCAAUCGGAGCCGUCGGUGAGCUUCUCAUCGAGGGACAUACUGUCGCUCGGGGUUACCUUGGCGAUGAAGUCAAAACUGCAAAGGCUUUUAUUACCAAUCCGACCUGGGCCUCGUCACUUCCCUCGGACCAGGGAUCUUUCUUGACCUCGAGGAUGUACAAGUCUGGAGAUCUCGUCCGUUACAACCCAGACGGCACUGUCAGCUACAUCGGUCGGAAGGACACACAGAUCAAGCUUAAUGGCCGGAGAAUCGAACUAGCAGAGAUCGAAUUUCACGUGAACGACAAGUUCGCAGACAACAUCCAGUCAGCGGUGGAGCUCGUUGCGCCUGCAAGCCGUACCUCUGCUAAAGCUUUGGCUGUCUUCUUCGCUGUCAAUGAUGACCCGCGAGCGUCCUCUGGAGAAAUUGUCCAACCUGCGUCAUCCGACCUUCCGCAAUCUGACGAACUGCUUCUACCGAUGGAUGAUGACGUGCGGGAGGUUUGCAAGUCGCUUGAGAAUUCCCUAGUCGGCGUUCUGCCUGCGUACAUGAUCCCAUCAAUCUUCUUCCCAAUGAAGAAGCUGCCUUGGACGCCGGCUGGAAAGCUAGACCGCAAUCGUAUGCGAGUGUUGGUGCAAAAUCUGAGCAAAGAGACAUUGUCGCCAUACCGGCUGGCGAACUCGAUGCAUAAGAAGAAACCCAAGACCGAGGCCGAGAGGAGACUACAGAAACUAGUGUCAUCAGUGCUGAACUUGCCACUAUCAUCCGUAGGUGCGGAUGAUAGCUUCAUCCGACUGGGUGGCGAUAGCAUAGCCGCGAUGCGACUUGUCGCCGCUGCACAAGCUGAACAUUUGGAUCUUUCGGUCAUCGACAUCUUCCAGCAACCCAAGAUAUCUGAUCUCGCUGCCAAAUGUAAGCUCACUGCUACCGGCCCUAGGAUCGAGCGCGCGAUCGAAACAUUCGAAUUGCUGCCCCGCGAUCUUCAAAGAGGCCAGGUGGUCCAAGAGCUUUCCGACAUCUGCCGCGUACCAAAGAACAAGAUUCAAGAUGCCUAUCCGCCAAGUCCUUUGCAGGAAGCGUUCGUUGCGCUCUCAAUAAAGCAACCGGGCGCUUACGUUGCGCAACACGUCCUAGCCCUCGCGGAUUCUGUCGACCUCAAAAAGUUCCAGGCCGCAUGGGAAAAGGUUGUCCGGGAGGUUGAUCUCUUGCGAACGCGUAUCGCCCAGCUCCAGUCGGGCACUUUUAUGCAGGCUGUCCUUGUUGAGGAUCCUAUUGCCUGGCGUGAGGCGACCACCCUCGAGGAGACCGAAGACGAGGCUGCCAAUCUGCCGGCCUACCUUGGGGGCAAGCUUGCAACAUAUGCCAUUGUUCGUACAUCCGCUGCACGACUCUUCGUAUGGACCAUUCACCAUGCACUGUAUGACGGCUGGAGCAUUGGGUUCUUGCUGCACCGCGUGCAACAAGUCUACCAAUCCGGAUCUUCCGAUGUUCCGAAGGUUCCCUACAACAGAUUCAUCCAGUACCUCCAGAACACCAGCCGAGACGCCUCCGCAGGAUUUUGGAAGUACCAUCUUGCUGGUGCUGCGCCUUAUCAAUUUCCUCAGCAGCACACCAACACCAGUGAAACACCUAACGGACAAACAUUGCAACAUACUGCGAAGCUCGUUCGACAAAAACAUACAGACAUCACGCCACCUACUGUAAUCAGAGCUGCGUGGGCUCUUCUACUGUCGGCGUAUACUGGUAGCGAUGAUGUUGUCUUCGGAGAGACGCUUACUGGUCGCGACAUCGCGGUGCCUGGUGUUACCGAUAUAUGCGGCCCUACUCUGACAACCGUGCCGACGAGGGUGCAAGUCAACCGCGACGGUAACGUCCUAGACCUCUUAAGAAACAUCGCCCAAGUCGCCACGGAUCGCAUACCUCAUCAGCACUUUGGCCUCGCCGAGCUCAAACGUGUGGACGAGUAUACCGCGGCUGCGUGCGAAUUCCAGAAUUUACUCAUCAUCCAGACUGGUAGUGAACAGCCAGCUGAGUCCAUAUGGUCUCAUCACAACAAUGAAAUUCAAGGACAGUACUUCACCUACCCACUGGUCAUCGAGUGUCAGACCAAUCACACAAGCAUAUCCAUCACGGCAUACUACGACGAGAAUGUGAUCUCUUCGUGGGAAGUCCAGCGUAUCCUCUACCAAUUCGAUUCGAUCUUAGCGCAGCUGAAUUCAGUGGGCAACAUUCGCGACGUUCAAGUGUUCAGUGAGCAGGAUACACAGUUUGUGAGGAGCCUCAACGCUGCAGAACCCUUCGUUGUCAACGACACUAUGCCUUCUUUGUUCCUCCAACAAGUUUCCGCGCACCAGCAUGCCCCUGCUGUGUCAGCAUUUGAUGGCGACUUCACCUACGGUGAGCUUCGCGAUCUGGCAUCUCAGCUCGGGCAAGAGCUCAUAAGGCUGGGCGCUGGUCCUGAAAAGCUUGUACCAAUCUGUGUGGACAAGUCGCGCUGGGCUAUAGUUGCAAUCAUGGGCGUCCUCAUCUCGGGCGCGGGCUACGUCCCUCUGUCUCCGGAUCACCCAACUUCCCGUCACCGACAGAUUAUCCAAGAUUGCAAUGCGUCGAUUGCUCUAUGCUCACCACAGUACGAAUCUCGCAUGGCGGACAUCGUCGGCAAAGUUGUCAAGAUCAGCGAGACUGCCAUCCGCCAGCUCCCUAAGCUCCAAGCUCCAGUGUCACUGCGCGCAACACCAGACAACAUUUGUUACGUUUUGUACACGUCUGGUAGCACUGGAGUUCCCAAGGGAGUUACUAUCGAACAUAGAGCCAUUGCGACCAGCUCUGCGGCAAUGCGCAAGUCUCUCGACAUUACGCCCUCUUCAAGGCUGUUCCAAUUCGCCUCAUUUGUUUUCGACGUUUCCGUCCUAGAAAUCCUCACUGCCUUGAGCUGCGGUGCGGUCGUAUGUGUUCCUUCGGAAGAAGGUCGCACCACAGAUAUCGCUUCAGCUAUCAACAGUCUGAAGGCAACUUGGACUUGCCUGACGCCUUCUGUUGCAAACGUUAUCGAAUCACCGGAGAGCGUGCCGACUCUCCAGACGUUCGCAUCAGCCGCAGACCCUCUGACACCAGAAACGAUCAAGAAGUGGGGCUCGGGUCUCCAGCUGUUGAACGCAUACGGUCCUACAGAAGCUUCCGUGAUUGCUCUUUCGAACGUCGUUGGCUCGACGCCUCGCGAGUCUACAAUCAUCGGCCGCGCGCUUGAGAGUGGUCGUGCUUGGCUUACCAACCCAGAGGAUCCACAUCAACUCGCUCCAGUUGGUUCCGUCGCGGAACUCUGUCUCGAGGGCCCAUUCCUUGCUAGAGGCUACUGGAAUAACCGCGCAAAGACCGCCGAAGUGUUCAUCGAGAAUCCUCGGUUCAUCAAAGCAUUCUCGAAGGAGGCAUUUUCUCGAAUCUAUCGUACUGGCGAUCUAGUGAGGUAUGCAUCUGAUGGUCGCGUGCAUUACCUAGGACGUAAAGACAACCAGAUCAAGUUGGCAGGGCAGCGCAUGGAGCUCGGUGAGAUUGAACACCACCUACAAGCUGAUGAGACCGUCAAACAUGCUGUUGUUUUGCUGCCGAAGUCGGGUGCCGCAAAGAGGAAGCUGACAGCUGUUGUGUCGCUCCACCGGGUGCAAUCUGAUAUUGAUGCGCACGACAAGCCUUGGAACGCACCAAUGAACCAACCGGACGUUCUCCAGCAGAUAAAGGUUGCAAAGGAGAGGCUAUCAAAUCUGGUGCCACCCUACAUGGUUCCAACGUUGUGGAUUGCGAUUCCUCGCAUCCCUGCUUUGGCUUCAGCGAAGCUUGACAGGAAGCAGGUUGGAGCCUGGCUUGGAGACAUGGAUGAAGAGACCUACCGCAUGAUCCUGGAUAUUGAGAACAGCAUGGAACCGGCCAUUCCGGCAUCUGGUGCCGUGAUCAAGAUGCAAGGCAUUUGGGCGAAGGUCCUUAACAUGCCAAUCGACGAGGUGAAGCCGAACAAGACAUGGCUCUCACUUGGUGGUGACAGUAUUACGGCCAUGCAACUGUUGGCGCGAUGCAGAAAAGAAGGCAUCAAUAUCACAUUGAACCAGGUUCUCCGGAGCAAAUCGCUCGCUCACCUCGCAGAAAGUGUUGGAGCUUCUGUUAUCAUGGAAACAGGAGAGGAUAAGACCGAUAAGCCGUUUGCAUUGUCCCCCAUUCAGCGCUUGUACUUCCACAGCUUGGGCGACGACAAGAACUCCCACUUCAACCAGUCCUUUACACUCCGGUUAGCUCGCAAAACGGCUCCUUCCAGCUUGAAGAGCGCCCUCGAUGCGAUCGUUCGCUGUCAUUCGAUGCUUCGCGCCAGAUUCAUCAGGGAUACGAACGGCGAGUGGACUCAGACGAUACCGAGCGAUAUCUCGAACGCGUAUGCGUUCCAUGUUCAGGAGGGUAUUCGCCUUUCUGGCCUACCUGAACUCGUCUGUAAAACCCAGAAGAGUCUUGACAUUGUCAAUGGACCAGUAUUCGCAACGGUACUAUUCAACACACCGACGGGCGAGCAAGUGUUGUUCCUCACAGCGCAUCACCUUGUCAUCGAUGUUGUGAGCUGGAGAAUAAUCCUGGGAGACUUGGAAGAGAGCCUCACGUCCUCAGCAUCAGUCGAACUGCAUAAAGGGCUUCCAUUCGCAACAUGGAACGAGAAGCAGCUUUCGCACACAGCGGAACCAGCUCAAACCGCGGCAAUUCAGAAGCAAUCGUUCCAUGUCGAGCCUGCCAACUUGGCAUUCUGGGGUCUCGACCAGCGUCCUAAUGUCUACGGCGACGUGGAACGUGAAACUUUCUCGUUAGAUGAGAAGAUCUCAGCAUUGGCUCUGAGAGACCACAGCGCGUUGCGCACCGACAUCGUCGAUCUAUUCCUGGCAGCGAUUGUUCACUCUUUCUCGCGUGUCUUCGUCACGCGCAAGACACCGACCAUCUUCAACGAGACACACGGUCGUGAGCCAUGGGAAUUCAGCAACCUGGACUUGUCAAGGACUGUUGGUUGGUUCACGACGAUGUACCCAGUGCAUGUCGCCAUCGCCGAAGAUGAAGACGAUGUUGUCCAGACCGUGCGUCAAGUCAAAGAUCUUCGGCGGAAGGUCACGGACAAUGGACGUCCAUACUUUGCUCAUCGCUACCUCUCGAAGGAUGGACAAAGUCGAUUUGGCGACCAUGAGCCUAUGGAAAUCCUUUUCAACUACCUCGGAAAGAUGCAACAGCUGGAGGCUGCAGAUGCACUCUUCCAGCCGGUACACUUUAGCGAGGAUGACGAAGCACGCAUGACCGACACCGGGGCAGAACUCCAGAGACUUGCCCUCUUCGAGGUCUCCGCCUCGGUCGAAAAUGGCAAGAUCAAUUUUACCUUCAUGUACAACCAGAUGAUGAAGAACCGAAAAGGCAUCCGCCGAUGGAUAACCGAGUGUCAACGUACGCUCGAGGAGAUCGUCUCAACUCUAUCUGAGAUAGAGACCCCUCAGCCAACCCUAUCCGAUUUCCCUCUGCUACCGUUGGAUUCUUACGAGCGCCUCAACCGCGUUAUCAAAUCUCUCGGAUCAGUCGGUGUUUCAUAUCCUCAAGUUGAAGACAUCUAUCCAUGCGCUGCUGUGCAAGAAGGUAUGAUACUAAGUCAGAUCAAGGAUUCAAGCGCAUACUGGUCCUUCACUACGUUUGAACUGAAAGCGAAGCGAGGUCGCGUGGAUGUGCAGCGUGUGUUGCACGCCUGGAAGAAGGUCGUUGACCGUCAUCAGGCUUUGCGCACUCUCUUCGUCGACAGCGUCUGCAAAGGUGGUGUAUUCGACCAGGUAGUUGUGCGUGUGCCUGACACCGGCGCCCACACAGUCACUUGUGCCGACAGCGAGCUCACCACAAAGCUCGACUCCAUCCAAUACCGCCAUUUGAACGGGAAGAGGAAGCCUCGUCUCCCUCAUCAGCUCUCUGUCGUUCAGACUACAUCGGGCAGGGUUGUGGUAAAGAUGGAGAUCAACCAUGUCGUCAUCGACGGUGGGUCACUCGCUGUGAUCCGACAUGACCUAGAAGAGGCGUACGAGGGCCGCUUGUCCAGUGAUGAAGGCCCACUGUACAGCGACUACAUCAAAUAUCUACGUGCGCAGCCCAUGAAAGAAGCAAUCGACUUCUGGAAGGGGAAACUACAGGGUGUCCGGCCAUGUCACUUCCCGAUUGCGCCACUACACUCACGCAAACAGCGACAGCUUCAUUCGCUCUUUGUAGACUUCAACCGGUUCUCCGAGAUUCAGACACUCGCCGAGAGGAACAACAUCACCUUCGCCAAUAUUUUACUCUCCGCCUGGUCGCUGGUACUCCAUACUUAUACAAACUCAUCAGAAGUCUGCUACGGCUACUUGACGUCCGGCCGCAAUGUCCCGAUCAACGACAUUGAGAACGCAGUAGGAGCAUUCAUCAACAUGCUAGUGUCUCGGGUCAGAGUGUCCGACUCGCAUUCGCUCCUCGCCAUGAGCGAGAACGUUCAGAACGACUUCAUCGAGAGUUUGCCGUAUCAGCAUUGCUCUCUCGCCCAGUUCCAGCACGAUCUUGGUCUUUCCGGUCAAUCACUCUUUAACACGGCUGUCUCGAUUCAAAACCAAGGCGCAACUGAAGUUGAACCCACGUCAGACGCAAAUGUGGAGUUCCUGCACCUCGAUGGCGGUGACCCAAGUGAAUUUGCGUUGACAGUCAAUAUCGAUACAACUAGGCAUGACGAGGGCGUGCGAUUGGCGUACUGGACUGACUCCGUUUCCGACGAUGAAGCAAAAAACGUCUCUUCGCUGCUGGUGAAGAUCCUUUCCCAAGUUCUCGCUGACCCGAGUCAGACGGUCGCGGAACUUAAUGCUGUCAUCACAGACAGACCAAAGACAGCACGAAGAUCUAAAGUCUAUACGCCCUCAGUUCGAUCGCCCAUGUCUAGUCCUCGCUUCGAGAUUUCGGACCCCAUGGCUUCUACUCGUUCCAUACCCAGAGUGGAAUUUCCCCAAGCGCCAACACCUACCGCAAUGGAUGGUCCUGAUAUGACCAACCUCAUUCGGUCAAUCAUCAGCGAGAUGGUACCCCAGAUCGUGAGCCAGGUCAUGGAGAAGAACAAACUUCCGCCAAUCGCCACACAGUCAACGGUCAGUGAGAUGACCAAUCAAAUGGCAGGCAUGAUUGCAAGACGGGCAUCGCAGAGCAACCGAGGGAGACAUCUUGAAACGUCUUCUAUACGCUCUCGGCGAAUGAGCACGACUUCUAUGCGCUCCCGGCGAAUGAGCGCGGCUAGUGAUACCGGGAGCAGGAUUCAGACCGCCGCCGAUAUGGUGGCUGCAGCUGGUGUGAUGGCGACCGAAGCCUUGAAAUCAGUGCCGCCGGAUUUCGUGGAGAAGAAGCUUUUAGUAUUGUGGAGCGACCUACUGGACAUGGUGGAGGAUUCGAUUGAUAAGGAUGAUUCAUUCUUUGUAAGUAUACCGAUCAUGGACUAUCGUGCGUAUCCUUACAGCCUGCAGCAACUAGGAGGGGAUAGCAUCAUUGCGAUGCGACUUGUCGGGGCUGCAAGAGAGGAGGGACUGUCGAUGACUGUUGCGGAUGUCUUCAAGAACCCGACGUUCGCAGAUAUGGCUAGAGUAAGUUCGUCCAAAGAAGAAACAUACAACGACUAA